AUGCCGCCGCCCGGCUCGUUUAUGCGCACUGCCGCUCGCAACGAUGACAGGCCCUCGCCUUCCAUCAGUUCACCUGUCAAACUCACCCUCGCGACUCGCAACUUGCCCUCCAAAUCGAGUCUAUCCCGUGAUGAGAACAGCGCCUCGCCCAUGUCUUCUGAGGCACACCGGCCGCCUCGGACCAGUUCCAGGCAGAAGUUGAGAGACCAUACCGAUAUGUCGUUCCCGUCUUCGAGUCCCUUGAUCAAGUCUUCAUCUACUGGAAACCAUGCCAAGUUACACAAGCGCGGAGGCUCCGCGUCUUCGUUGCCCGGGCCACCGUCUCCCUUUACAAAUGCACAAUUCCAGACGCCUUUCGCGACGUAUGAAGAGUCGUUUCCUGAGGUCGCGCCGACGCCGGGGUCGAGUGUGCCCCAAAUCAAGCCGUACUUGAGGAAGAUGUCGGUUGCGAAGGAGGAUCAGGGAAUGAUUGAUCUAUCGAAGAGUGCCGCGGAGAAUGAGAGGCUGAAUGGGUUGGGGAUACAGGAUUUUGGGUCCAAGUCUGCGGCGGAUGUGAGCUUUGCGCAUACGAGGAGAGGGCAGCCACAGCAUGGAAGGACGACGAGUGGUGCGUCGCAGGGGAGUACUGGGAGUGGUGGGUUUAGGGCGGGACAGCCUUUCACACAUCCCAUGGCCAAGACUCCACGACCGUAUACGCCGCCGACCGGGAGCUAUGCGAAUUCGAUCAAUGAGAAUGAAGCGGACGAGAGUGAUGAUGUUGUGGAGGAUGAGUUUAGGCUUGGGGGUGGAUUCAGGACAAGGAGGAGUAUAUCGAUAUCGUCGACGCCCCAACCAACGCCGUUGUCUCAAUCACAUACCGCCAGUGAUCUGGGGUUGGUGCCGAAGUUGACCAGCAGCUCGCAGACAAAUCUAUCCCUCAAAUCAGCACAAUCUUCGACUGGACGGCCUCGACGGAACACAGACCGGUCGCAGGAGUACGUACCCUCGCCGUCGUCUCGGACAUCCUUCGACAAGGCCUUUAGCUUUGCGAAGAGGUCUGAACUUGAACCGCAGACACGGGAGGAGAUGAUUCGAGAGGCGAGGAGGAAGUUUGAGGAAAAGGAGGCGAACAAAGAUCGCAAACAUGAAAAGGACGCCGGCAAGCGUCGUGCAUCCGAAGCGAAGAUUCAAGAGCGGCAGCGACAGAAGUCAGAGCCGUCAUUGAAGUCCGCCAUGAAGCAGGAGAAGAAGCCCCGGAAGGAUUCAGCAGCCCACGCCGGUGCUGAAGAUGAGAAGAGACAUCGCGGCCACGACUUCCAAGCCAUGAGUUAUGAGGAGCAACGACCGGCAAUGCUGCCACGACACGGGAGCUCACCCGGCGAGAGCGAAAGAAGACUGAACGAGAAAGGCCCUCAGUUCAGCCACACCCCCCGUCCAGACGCCAAAGACGGCGGCUGGCUGCGCUUCUCAACAUGGGUCCAGACGAGGAUGUUGAGUUGUGGAGGAAGUCGCGACUGA